AUGGAACACAGUACAUCUCUUACAUUCAAUCAAUUGAGUCAAGAUCAUAUUACCAAAUUGAAAGAUGCAUUCCAGAUGAUAGAUGAAGAUGGUAAUGGAGAAAUAUCCUUCAAUGAUUUACUAAAGACAUUUCAAACGAUAGGUAAACCUAUGACAGAACAUGACUUGAAAGAUAUGCUUCGAUCAGGUUCUGAUAAUAAUAAUGCUACUGGUAAUGAUGACGAUGACAAUACCACAAUAAAAUUCCCAAAAUUCUUGUCAUUGAUUACUGAGAAUAUUAAUGAAUAUCCUGAAGAAUCAGAAUUGUUAAAAUGCUUCCGUGACUUAAAUGGAGAUCAUACAACUGAAGGCGAUAAAGACCUUACUGUUAGUACUAAUGAGAUGAUUAAAUUAUUAAAAGAAGCAGGAUUCGAAGAUCCUGAAAAAGAAUUUGAAAAAAUCUUCAAGACAUACAACACCAACCAGCAAACAACUGGUGAAAAACUAUUUAAAGGUAGACAGUUUCUAAAUACAAUUUUGGAUUAA